GCAACGGUCACACUGACCUGUGUUUGCUUUUCCCAACAAGCCGCAUUUUUUUUAUAUUUUAGGAAAUAAACUAAGCAAUAGGUUAGCCGGCAAUGGAGGAUGUACAAAAACACAGCGUACACACGCUGAUCUUCCGCUCCCUGAAGCGCACCCACGACCUGUUCGUCUCCAACCAGGGAAACCUGGCGGAGAUCGAUGAGAAACUGGAGAAGCUACGGCGCUCGAUCAAGGCCAGGGAUAGCUACGGACUGGUCCUGGACAAGGCGGGAAAGAGCAGUGGGGAGUCCAGAAAGGCGGCAACUGACAAGCCACUGGCCAUUACAGAUGGCAGUGGUGCGGAUAUCGCAUCCAACGCCGCUGGUGGAGGCUCCGGCCAACUGACAAAAUUCAAUCCCAAUGGUAGGGGUGUGGAGAAGCCGGGAGCACCUAUGGCCAUCGGGCAGACCCACACAUCGCUGGUGCGCGCCUCACUGCCAAAUAAUGGCAGCGACAAGCCGGGCAAUGGAACCACCAACCUGCAGCUGAUACCCAAGAAGGCGCCGACCAUACCCAAGCCCAAGUGGCACGCCCCCUGGAAGCUGUCCCGCGUCAUCUCUGGCCAUUCGGGCUGGGUGCGUUGCAUCGCCGUGGAGCCGGGCAACGAGUGGUUCGCCACAGGAGCGGCGGACCGUGUCAUCAAGAUCUGGGACCUGGCCAGCGGCAAGCUGAAGCUCUCGCUCACCGGCCACGUCAGCACUGUGCGCGGCCUGGCGGUCAGCGCCAAGCAUCCGUACCUGUUCAGCUGCGGCGAGGAUCGGCAGGUCAAGUGCUGGGAUCUGGAGUACAACAAGGUCAUCCGUCACUACCACGGCCAUCUGUCGGCCGUCUACUCCCUGGCGCUCCAUCCCACUAUUGAUGUAUUGGCCACAUCCGGCCGCGACUCCACGGCCAGGAUAUGGGAUAUGCGGACCAAGGCCAACGUUCACACGCUGACGGGCCACACGAACACGGUGGCCAGUGUGGUGGCCCAGGCUACCAACCCCCAGAUCAUUACCGGCUCCCACGACUCCACGGUGCGCCUGUGGGACUUGGCCGCCGGCAAGAGCGUCUGCACGCUGACCAACCACAAGAAGUCUGUGCGCAGCAUCGUCCUGCAUCCGUCGCUCUACAUGUUCGCCUCCGCCUCGCCGGACAACAUCAAGCAGUGGCGCUGUCCGGAGGGCAACUUCGUCCAGAACAUCUCCGGCCACACCGCCAUCGUCAACUGCAUGGCGGCGAAUAAUGAUGGCGUCCUGGUCUCCGGCGGCGACAACGGCACCAUGUUCUUCUGGGACUGGCGCACCGGCUACAACUUCCAGCGCUUCCAGGCGCCCGUCCAGCCCGGCUCCAUGGACAGCGAGGCGGGCAUCUUUGCCAUGUGCUUCGACGAGUCCGGCAGCCGGCUGAUCACCGCCGAGGCCGACAAGACCAUCAAGGUGUACAAGGAGGACGACGAGGCCAGCGAGGAGUCGCAUCCAGUCAACUGGCGGCCCGAGUUGCUCAAACGCCGCAAAUUCUAGGCUCUAAUAGUACAUAAGGUUAGGGUUAUUUCCCACGAUUUUCCAAGCGACUUGAUUAAAGGAUAUUUUCAUGAAAAUUA